CUCGUGAACCUAAACUCAGGUGGGGUAGCCGUGUUGGUGCGAAGCAAUAGAACAAAGUUGGAAUCCAGCGGCACCUCUAAGAUCAACAGUUUAAUUCUGGGUAUAAACUUUCGUGUGCAGGCAUUCUUCAGCUUAUACUGUUCAUCUUUAAAAAGCCAAGGCUUAGAGAGAAGUCACUCGUCGCUCAUGGAGAACAAUGUGACGAGCGGAACCAAGUAGCAAAAGUGCACCUUUAAGACCAACAAAAUUUUAUUCAGAAAGUAAGCUUUCGUGUGCUAGAAGCACACUUCAUCAGACAAUAGGAUGGAAUGGCAAACAGUCCUGAAUAUAGAGAGAGUGGGCAGUGAAUUAGUACGCAAAAUCAUGGAAAUGCUUUUUAGCAGAUUAAAAGAAGCGCAAUUUGAGGUCUGGUGAUUGUUAGUUUGUUAACUAGUCUGCAUCAACAAGGGGGCAAUAUAAGUCAGAACAGCAGAUUGAUGUCUAUGUGAAGUGUCAUAAAUAAGAGUCGGUUAUGUUAGCUCUAAUAAGGUAAAGGUAUCUAUCUGGGUAUCUAUUAAUAUAUGAUCAUGAGUUAUGUCUAUUAUUCGAUUAAAAUGGAAAUUUAGGCGGCAGGCCAAUGGAAAUGCAAAGUUUUGUUCCAGUUCUGUUAGGGCAAAGUGGGAAGACAACAAACCCGCAGGCUCCUUCCUUGCAUCAGUUGCUAUGUAGAUUCGUUUGAGGACCGGAAACGUGGAGUUUUUGGGUAUUUUUGAGAGAUGCAGCGCUCCACGGUAGGACUGACGCACUUCCUAAGUGCGCGAGCGCUUUGUAACAGGAACUCUCUGGAUCACGUGAUAACUCGGAGACCACGACAUGGCGGCGCCCUGUGAGCAGCAUGAUUGCUGGUGGAUUUUUGUUUGAAGUGCCUUAUUCGAGAGGAGAGGAGCAGUAUGUCGCGGCUCAUUGUGAAAAACCUGCCCAAUGGGAUGAAGGAAGAACGCUUCCGGAAUCUCUUUGGUGCUUUUGGAACACUGACAGAUGUCAGCUUGAAAUUUACAAAGGAUGGCAAGUUCCGCAAAUUUGGUUUUAUUGGGUUCAGAUCUGAAGAUGAGGCAAAAGCAGCACUGACCCAUUUCCAUAAAAGCUUCAUAGACACUGCCAGAGUCACAGUUGAAUUCUGUACAUCUUUUGGGGAUCCACUGAAGCCUAGAGCUUGGAGCAAACACUCUACAAAAUCUCCAGGUUUGAAAGAAACUCCCAAGAAUCUCACAAAGACUUCAGGUCAUACAGAAGCAAAUCAGGGUAAGAAAAAGAAGAAGACAACAACAGCAGGGCAGUUAGAAGAGCUGGAAGGAGAAGAGGAAUUUCAAGAUUUCCUUGCAGUGCAUCAAAAACGAUCCCAAGUCGCCACUUGGUCCAAUGACACAAAAAAGAAAGAGCCCAAGAAAAACAAAGUAAAGCCGACGGAUGAUUAUUUGAACUUUGAUUCUGAUGAGUCUGAAAGCCUCAGUGAAGAGGAAGCUGAGUUUGGACUGGAGGGACAAGAUGCUGAAGCUAACCGAAAGAAGAAGAACUCCAAAGGAAAGCCAGCAGCUUGCAAAGAGCUCUCAGACAUGGAUUACCUGCAGUCAAAAGUGGUGAAGGAUGGCCGUGACAUCAUGCCUUCAUCUGAAGAGGAGAGCGAGGCCGAGGAUAUGGACAGUGAGGAGUCUGGAGAGGGAAGGAAGCAGAAGGAAGAGGAGCUGCUUAGUCACAAGAAAGCUGCUGGUUCUGGUCUUGUAGCAAAGGGUAUUCCAGAUGAAAAGAUCAAAGGCCAGGAAGUAGAGAAGAAAUUAAAAGCCACAGGCCAGGACAAAACCCCAGUCAGUACAAAUGAACCUACCACACCAUACACAGUGAAGCUACGUGGUGCCCCUUUCAACGUCACAGAGCAAAAUGUGAGGGAGUUUCUUUUGCCUCUUCGGCCAGUGGCAAUCAGGAUUGCAAGAAAUGCUCAUGGGAACAAAACAGGUUAUGUCUUCGUUGACUUCAGUAGUGAUGAAGAAGUACAGAAAGCCUUGAAGCGAAAUCAUGAAUACAUGGGGGGACGGUACAUUGAGGUGUUUCCUGAACAACGUGGUACAAAGAUGAAAGCGUCCUCAAAGGGCCAGGGCCAGGUUUGGCAAAGGACAAAGAAGGAUGACGAGGAAGAAGAAGAUCUAUCGGAAUCAGGAAGGCUGUUUGUGAGAAACCUUCCCUACACCAGCACUGAGGAGGACUUGGAAGGAAUAUUUUCCAAAUAUGGUCCUCUCUCUGAGAUCCACUUCCCCAUUGAUAGUCUGACGAAGAAGCCAAAAGGAUUUGCCUUUGUCACCUAUAUGUUCCCUGAACAUGCUGUUAAGGCCUUUGCAGAAGUGGAUGGACAGGUUUUCCAGGGCCGAAUGUUGCAUGUCUUGCCCUCCACCAUUAAGAAGGAUGAAAAUGAGAGUUCUGAUGCAGUAGGAUCCUCUUCCUACAAGAAGCAAAAGGAGUCCAAGGACAAAGCCAACAGUUCCAGUUCUCACAAUUGGAACACGCUGUUCAUGGGGACGAAUGCUGUGGCCGAUGCCGUGGCACAAAAGUAUAACUCCACCAAAAACCGAGUGCUGGAUCACGAGGGCAAGGGCAGCGUGGCAGUGAGGGUGGCUCUAGGAGAAACAGAACUCGUCCAGAAUAUCCGCCAGUUCCUGCUAGACAACGGAGUCAGUCUGGAUUCUUUCAGCCAGGCUGCUGGUGAGCGCAGUAAAACUGUGAUUCUGGUGAAGAAUCUGCCUGCUGGAACAAAGGAGGCAGAACUAGAGGAGUCCUUUGGUGCUUAUGGGAGUCUUGGACGGGUUCUGCUCCCUGAAGGAGGGGUGACUGCUAUAGUGGAAUUCCUGGAGCCCACAGAAGCCAAGCGGGCUUUCACAAAACUGGCGUAUUCCAAGUUCCGGCAUGUUCCCCUCUACCUGGAAUGGGCACCGAUGAGUGUCUUUUCUGGUCCUGGAAAGAAACAACCCGAGACUUCAGGAGGCGAGAAGGAAGGCGAGACACAGCUGGGAAUGGAGAACCAUGAAGAUGAAGACGCUAAAACAAAGCCAGAGGAAACCAGAAUAGAGGAAGAGGAGGAUGAGGAUGAUGAUGAAGAAGAAGAAGAAAGCAUUCCAGGAUGUACUCUCUUCAUAAAGAACCUCAACUUCAGCACCACAGAAGAAACCCUAAAGGAGAUUUUUUCUAAAGCUGGAGCUGUGAAGAGCUGCACUAUCUCAAAGAAGAGAGAUAAAACUGGCACACUACUUUCUAUGGGGUUUGGAUUUGUGGAAUACAAGAAACCAGAACAUGCUCAGAAGGCCCUCAAGCAAUUACAGGGUUGCUCUGUGGAUGACCAUCAUCUGGAAGUGAAGAUCUCUGAAAGGGCCAUCAAGUCAACAGUGACUUCAACCCGCAAGAAGCAAACCAGCAAGAAACAAAAGAGCUCCAAGAUCUUAGUGCGCAACAUUCCCUUCCAGGCGACAGUGAGAGAGAUCAGAGAGCUUUUCAGUACCUUUGGAGAGCUGAAGACUGUUCGUCUACCGAAGAAGAUGGUUGGGACUGGAAGUCAUCGUGGCUUUGGAUUUGUGGACUUCCUUACGAAGCAGGAUGCUAAGAGAGCUUUCAAUGCCCUGUGCCACAGUACCCAUUUGUACGGCAGGAGGCUGGUUUUGGAAUGGGCUGACGCAGAGGAAACAGUGGAGACCCUGAGACGGAAAACUGCUGAGCAUUUUCAUGAAUCCCCAGCAAAGAAGAAGAAACAGUCAGCUGUUCUAGAAGAAAUGUUGGAGAAGCUGGAAGAAGAAGGGAGUGAUGAGGGAGGCAGCUAGGAUCACUGACACCCUCUCCCUACCAACCCACAAGAACUGGAGUCAAGGUAAUGGUUUGCCUUCAUCUUCCUGCUUUAAGUGGAUCCUCACCUUGAAUCCCCCAAAGAUCAACACUUUAAAACAGCAUUACUUGCUGACUUAGGGUCUUUCUCUCUCCUGGGCGGAAUCUGAGAUGGCUUGAAGAGGAACCAGUGUCACUUUUUGCCUGGCACCUGUCUACCUUGGGGAAUGCCGCCUUGUCUGUUUUACACCAGCUGGCAAAAUUAAUUUUAUCAGGAAGCAUCAGAUUAACUUUGUAAAGAUUUCAAAAUAAUGUAUAUUCCUUAUUUUUUAAUUAUAUUACUGAGGAGCACUUUGGGAUAUUAAUAUAAAACGUUCCUUUGCUA